AUGAUACGGAUAGAGGACGAACAAAUAACCCUUUCGGAUGAAAGUUCAUUACGAAGGACGAAGCAACGAUGGCUAUUGGCAAUAGGGACACUGCUAGUUAUUGCGCUGGUCGUGUUGUUCUUUGUAUUUGAAGAACCGAUCAUGAAAGCGCUUGCACCAUUCGCAGAAAGUGUUCGGUCAACACGAUAUGGUUACUUGAUCAUGGGUGGAUUGGUUGCUCUCUCGAGUUUUCCUCCAAUUCCGGGCUACAGCGCGUUAGUUCUAGCUUGCGGUUUUAUCUACGGCUUUCCACUAGGUUUUGUUCCAGCGUUUGCAGGAGCAGUCAUCGGAGCAACUGCUUCUUUUUGGCUGUUUAGAAAAGCGUUUAAAAAAUAUGUAAGGCGGUUACUCGCUAAUCGGGGGAAUUUUGCUGCUUUAUCCGUGGCUGUUCAAGAGGGUGGAUUUAAAAUUAUCUUUUUAAUCCGUCUUAGUCCCUUUCCCUUCACCUACUCCAAUGCAUUCUUCGCCUCCUUGCACACAGUUUCUUUCCCAACAUUUCUUCUCGCAACUGUUCUUUCCCUUCCUAAACUAUUCGCCCAUAUCUUCAUCGGUUCUCGGCUCGGCAAUCUAUCUCUUAAAAACAUGGACAAGACAUCGAAAUUGGUUAAUUAUCUCACAAUCGCCAUCGGCGGCCUCUUGUUUAUAAUAGCCACUUACUAUGUAUACCAAAAGACUAACAAAAUAGCCAAAGAAGCUGCGAAAAGAAGGAUAACUGGAGGUCUGGGAAACGAUAGCGAGGUGUUUUUGCAAGAUGAAGAAGCGAAGAUUGAAAUGAGUGUUGCUGGACGCGCUAACGAGAACGGUGAAAGUUCUGAAACUGAUGACGAGCGACAAAACUUUACUCAAGAGAACCGUCAUAGUUUGCAGAUGUGA